GUCAGUAUAAGCUCUUGAACGCUGCAUCGUUGUGGUAGCGAAGACGUGAGCGGACAAAAGGCGAGCUGGGAAAUUCACAAACGUGAUGAAUUAAUCAGCGAGAAUGUCUCGUUUUCCCCAAACCGCUAUCUCUCCGUUUUAGACACGAAUCUGUCUCGCGAUCCGCUGGAGGACUUUGAUGGAGAGACUCGGAAAGAGGCGACGGAAAAGCGUCAAGGCGGAAAAAUCCAUCCGAAGACGAAUAAACGGCUGAAAAGAGAGAAGAGUCAAGAGAGAGGGAAGAAACUGGGAAGAGGGGAGGGAUAGAAAACGCCCUAUUCAACACCCCUCUCCCAAAAACACCCCAUUAAACCCCAGAGUUUGUUGGCGAUCAGAGGAAAGAGACAUGAAGCGACUUCGGGUCCUGACCGACUUCGGGUCCUGACCGACUUCGGGUCCUGACCGACUUCGGGUCCUGACCGACUUCGGGUCCUGACCGACGUCUCCAACUUAAUUGGAGGAACAUUUCCGGUUGGAUUAAUCCACAUUUCCCUGCUGGUGGGAGAUCCUACAAACCCUACAGGCCAAAGAGGAGUUCCAUUUGUUGUCUUUAUGGUUUUAAUGCAACGCUCUCGCGCAGGAAUCUGAUCUUCCGAGCAUUGUCCAAUCUAAGGAUCUGAUCUGAUGAUGUCUUUGGGAGCCGAAAGCAGGAUGGAGAAGCGGCUGAAGAAACUGGAGGCCAUGAUCAGGGACCCGCGCUCUGCCGUCAACCUGGAAAGUUUACUGGAUGCCAUGAACGCCAUGGUGUUGGAUCUGAACUUUCCUUCCUUACGCAAAAACAAGAACAUCGAAACCUUCUUGAACAGAUAUGAAGCAGUCAUGGGUGAGAUCAGAGAUCUGCAGAUGAAGCCGGAGGAUUUCGACAAGGUGAAGGUGAUCGGCAAAGGAGCGUUUGGUGAAGUGCAUCUGGUGAGACACAAGGCGUCUCAGAAAGUUUACGCCAUGAAGUUGCUGAGUAAAUUUGAGAUGAUCAAGCGCUCGGACUCUGCGUUCUUCUGGGAAGAAAGAGACAUCAUGGCGUUUGCAAACAGCCCCUGGGUUGUACAGCUGUGCUGUGCGUUCCAGGAUGAAAGGUUCCUCUACAUGGCGAUGGAGUACAUGCCGGGCGGUGACCUGGUCAACCUCACCAGUACGUACGACGUUCCAGAGAAGUGGGCCAAGUUCUACACAGCAGAGGUGGUCAUGGCUCUGGAUGCCAUCCACUCCAUGGGCUUCAUUCACCGAGACGUGAAGCCCGACAACAUGCUGCUGGACCACAACGGCCACCUCAAACUCGCCGACUUCGGCACCUGCAUGAAGAUGGACUUGACAGGCAUGGUGCACUGUGACACGGCGGUGGGCACGCCCGACUACAUCUCCCCCGAGGUGCUGAAGUCACAGGGAGGAGACGGGUACUACGGGCGCGAGUGCGACUGGUGGUCUGUUGGAGUUUUUAUUUUUGAGAUGCUUGUAGGUGACACCCCGUUCUAUGCCGACUCCCUGGUGGGGACCUACAGUAAAAUCAUGGACCAUAAAAACUCACUAAACUUCCCUGAUGAUGUCGAAAUCUCGAAGGAGGCAAAAAACAUCAUCUGUUCAUUCCUGACUGACAGGGAGGUGCGUUUAGGACGGAAUGGUGUGGAAGAGAUUAAGAGACACCCGUUCUUUAAAAACGACCAGUGGACCUUUAACACCAUCAGAGACACCGUGGCCCCCGUCGUCCCCGAGCUGAGCAGCGAUAUUGAUACGAGUAACUUUGAUGACAUCGAGGACGAUAAGGGCGACGUGGAGACGUUUCCCACUCCUAAAGCCUUCGUAGGGAAUCAGCUGCCCUUUGUGGGUUUCACGUACUUUAAAGAAGACCAGUUGUUAAAUGUGUUCAACGGUUCAUCAGAACGCCCUGCUUCUAUUAAAGAAGAGGACAGUGUUUUGCUUCAGAAGAAGCUUCACUCUUUAGAGGAGCAGCUGAAUAACGAGAUGCAGGCCAAAGAUGAGCUCGAGCACAGGUACAGGACGAGCAGUGCACGACUCGACAAGAUCACCAAAGAGCUCGAGGAAGAGAUAAGCAGUAGGAAAUCUCUGGAGUCGUCCUUCAGACAGCUGGAAAGAGAAAAAGCUCUGCUUCAGCACAAAAGCGUUGAGAGCCACAGGAAGGCAGAGAGCGAGGCAGAUCGUAAACGCUGCCUCGAAAAUGAAGUGAACAGUCUGAGGGAUCAGCUGGAGGAGAUGAAGAAGAGAAAUCAAAACUCCCACAUUUCCAACGAGAAGAACAUCCACCUGCAGAGACAACUGGACGAAGCCAACGCGUUGUUGAGGGCGGAGUCAGAAGCGGCAGCUCGUCUGCGCAAGUCACAGGUGGAGGGCAAUAAACAGGUGCAGCAGCUGGAGACACACAUGCGAGAGCUGCAGGAUAAAUGCUGCCUGCUGGAGAGCAGCAAACUGACGCUCGAGAAAGACUUCAUCAGCCUGCAGGCGGCACUCGACACCGAGAAGAGAGAACACACACAGCGCUCCGAGAUCAUCUCUGACCUGCAGGCUCGUCUCUCAGGUCUGGAGGACGAGGUGAAGCAGCUGAGGCAGGCUCUGUCUAAAGCUGAGUGUGAGAAGAGAGAGCUGCAGGAGAAACUCACUGAUUUGGAGAAGGAGAAGAGCAAUAAGGAGAUUGAUAUGACGUACAAGCUGAAGGUCCUGCAGCAGAGUCUGGAGCAGGAGGAGGUGGCGCACAAAACCACAAAGACCCGACUGGCAGACAAGAACAAGAUCAGCGAGUCCAUCGAGGGAGCCAAGUCCGAGGCAGUGAAGGAUCUGGAGCAGAAGUUGCAGGCCGAGCGUUCCUCUAAGCAGCAGGUGGAGAACCGGCUGCUGGAGCUGGAGAAAUACAACUCCAUGUUGGACUGCGAUUACAAACAGGCGCUGCACAAACUCGAUGAGCUGCGCAGGCACAAGGACCAACUCACCGAGGAGAUGAAGAACCUGUCACUAAAGAUCGAGCAGGAGAUCCAGAAGCGCACUCUGACCCAGAACGAUCUGAAGGUACAGAACCAGCAGCUCAGCACCCUGAAGACAUCAGAGAAGCAGCUCAAACAGGAGAUAAAUCACCUCCUGGAUAUCAAGCACAGCCUGGAGAAGCAGAUCAUGGAGCUUCGCAAAGAGCGUCAGGAUUCAGAUGGACAGAUGAAGGAGCUUCAGGAUCAGCUGGAGGCAGAACAGUAUUUCUCAACUCUGUACAAGACUCAGGUGCGGGAGUUAAAGGAGGAGUGUGAGGAGAGGAAUAAGCUUUAUAAAGACAUGCAGCAGAAUUUGCAGGAGCUUCAGGAGGAGAGGGAUUCUCUGGCUGCUCAGCUGGAGAUCACCCUGACGAAGGCCGACUCGGAGCAGCUGGCUCGGUCCAUCGCUGAGGAGCAGUAUUCUGAUCUGGAGAAGGAGAAGAUCAUGAAGGAGCUAGAGAUUAAGGAGAUGAUGGCCAGACACAGACAGGAACUCUCUGAGAAGGACACCACCAUCAGCUCGUUGGAGGAAGCUAACCGCAUGCUAACGAGUGACGUAGCAAACCUGGCUAACGAGAAAGAAGAGCUGAACAACAAGCUGAAGGAAGCCAUGGAUGAUCGGCAGAAGCGGAAUGCCGAAGAUCAGUUGAUCACGCUGAUGAAGCUCGCUUAUGAGAAGCAGCUCCAGUCAGAAAGGACACUCAAGACGCAGGCUGUCAACAAGCUGGCUGAAAUCAUGAACAGGAAAGAAGUGCGUGGCAAUGGAAGUCGCCGCGGAAACGACACGGACGUGAAGAGGAAGGAGAAAGAGAACAGGAAAUUGCAGCUAGAGCUACGUUCUGAACGGGAGAAACUCAACAGCUCCAUCAUCAAAUAUCAACGAGAAAUCAAUGAAAUGCAGGCGCAACUAGCAGAAGAGUCGGUGAUGCGUGUGGAGCUGCAGAUGGCUCUGGACAGUAAAGACAGCGAUAUCGAGCAGCUCCGAAGCCUCCUCAAUUCCAUCAACGUUCACUCGCUCGAGUCGGCCAGCAUGAGCAGCGGCCCGGAGUUCGACACGGACGAAUCGCUGCCAGAGACCAGGUUAGAGGGCUGGCUGUCUCUCCCUGUGAGGAACAACACCAAGCGCUUCGGCUGGGAGAGAAAAUAUGUGGUGGUGAGCAGCAAGAAGAUCCUUUUCUACAACAGCGAGCAGGAUAAAGAGCUCUCGAACCCCUACAUGGUGCUGGAUAUAGAUAAACUCUUCCACGUACGUUCAGUCACACAGACGGAUGUGUACCGCGCAGACGCUAAAGAAAUUCCUCGAAUAUUUCAGAUCCUGUACGCUAACGAGGGUGAGAGUAAGAAAGAGCAGGAAGUGGAGCCGCUGCCCAUCGGAGAGAAAUCCAGCUACAUCUGCCACAAAGGACACGAGUUCAUCCCGACGCUCUACCACUUCCCCACUAACUGCGAGGCCUGCACCAAACCGCUGUGGAACAUGUUCAAGCCGCCUCCUGCCCUCGAGUGCCGCCGCUGCCACAUCAAGUGCCACAAGGACCACAUGGAUAAGAAAGAGGAGGUGAUCGCUCCAUGUAAAGUGAACUAUGACGUGUCCACGGCGAAGAACCUGCUGUUGCUGGCGUCGUCUCAGGAGGAGCAGCAGAAGUGGGUCAGCAGGCUGGUUAAGAAGAUCCCUAAAAAGCCUCCGGGCCCCGAGUGUAGCCACCGCUCGUCCCCUCGCAUCCCUGUUAAAGUCCAGGCCAGCCAGUCGAUGAGAAGAACCAGCCGCCAGCUACAGGCCGGAAAAACCAGCUAACCUCACUUUGGGAAUGUGGUGUAACUUCGUGCUGAGGUCGGGCUCUCCUGCUUUCACACCAAGAACUUAACGUUUUUUUAUAAAGUCUUUCAUCGAUUCCCAUCUAGCGAGAAAACGUUACGUUAGCGGUCUUGAGCGUCGCCGUGUAGCGACGUCUCCUCUGAGGUUCUCCAGGACCUUAAACAGUACAAAUCCACCGAGAAACGUGAGAAGACGAGUCUCUCCAAAGCUUGGAUCUUCACCUUCAGCACAAGAACUUGUUUCUUCCCCGAACCAGAAUGCUAAGCACUCAGAUGGACUGAUGCACCAAAGGAGAAACACUACAAGACUGUGGGGGACUGUGUGAGGGGGGAAAAGGGGUCUGUUGGGGGUCGUGGAGACGGGCGUGUGCCGAGAUUACAUCAUGAUAAUGGUCCAAAGUUGUUUUUUUUCUCACACUUUUACCACAUCAUCACAACACAGCAGAGAAGGAACCGUAAUCUGGUAGAUUUUUAAUAUUUCAUUUAUUUUAUAAAUCUGGUUUUUGAAGGUUACUCGUCUUGAAAAGGAACCUUAACAACAGGCCUGAAGAUAUCUACACUCUUAAGAUACAUAAGCCCUUUAUGGGUUCUUUAGUGUUCUGCCUCACAUGUGGCUUCGAGUCAGCUUUUUCACAAGGGUGCUUUAAUUACGGAAAAAAUGACGAUCUUUUGUAAGUACUUGUCUACUGGGGCAGAAUUUUGACUGAUCAGAUAUAAAACUUUUAAAGGGUUCUUUGUUUUUCUCUCUGAGAAAAUACUUUAAAUGUUAGAUUGGGAGGAUUCCAACAAGAUUCCUUUAUUACAGAAAAUUAGGCCCUUUAGGAGACCAUCUCAUGGGGCAACGUUGACAUCCACUCAGCUCUACUUUUACAAACCUUAGGUUCCUCGGUUGUUCCUCCAGGAGAACUGCGAUUCCCCAGUCAGAAGUGGCUUCAAGUAGGACGCUCAUUGAGCUAUGAAGCUUUAAUUAUGGGCAGUAAAGUGCUUUAGGGGAUUUUCAGAGGUCACCAUCUCCCAGGGAAAGAUUUUACCAGAUUAGGAACCCUGACUUCCACGUUUAGCUUGAACAUGCAGAGCCCUUAAGAGCUUUAAGUUUGUUGUUUCCUUCCCUCUAGUUCCAUCAGCUUUCCUGAACGUGAAUCCGGUAGGUCCUGAAUUGGGAUCGACUGCAUGAGAAAGACGCCUGCAUGCUGCUCUCACAUCGUGUGCUGACAAAUUCUCUGAACAGAAAGUUGAAGUGUCUGAGAUAGCAGAACCGAUCGAUAUCAUGAUGUAUCGGACCACCUGCCUGAUUUCGGCCGUCGUGUAACAAAAAAAAAACACAUUUAUACUAAACUCUGUUGAUGAGUUUCACAUCGGACUCCACGAUACACCAGGACAGGUCCACAUGCUGCGCUUCAGGAUCACCGUAAUGUCCUCCAGGACUCGGGCAUUUUGGUACUUUAACACUACAUUAUCGUAUAGAGAAACACACACACACACACAGUUCUGUAUGUAAAAGGCACAUCCCGUUAAUGCUAACAGAACAGUGUGCAUUUCACCAGACCAUGCCUUACAGAGUAAAGCCACUCAGACAGAAGGUUAAGUACCUCAACCUGUUCUCAGGGUGGAAGGUUAAGGUUAAGUCUCUUAAGCUCCGCCCCCUGUCCGUUACUGCCAUUGUCUGAUUUAACGGAUCGAGUACUUUUCUCCGGCCUGAGAAGAGGUUUGGGUGAAUAAAACUCCCACGUGCACUUAACACGCUCCCCUUGAACGUGAAGCGGAGACGGUCGACAGUUUUUGCGUGACGAAGGAAUACGAAGUACUCUUUAUUUUUACCCUGGGAGUAAAACUAUUUUUAUUCAGAAAGCUUACUUUAUUUGGGAUUAGAUUUAAACCCGAAAUUUCGUACCAGAUCUAAAAUAUGUGGCACAUCCACAUCUCUUCACCUCCCACUGACCUGUGGUUUGAAGUGAUGCGAUUAUUUUUCUAUAGAGUUCAACUGUGUGCGUGCAUGUGUGUGUGCGCGCGCGCACGCGUGUGUGUGUGUGCGUGUGUGGAUGUGGUCUUACUCCUACUGUACUUUUUACAGAGCUCCUCAUGGUAAGGCACCGUUAUCUAAACACCUCCACAACCUGUGGGUCAUGCCGUUAUAGAGUCACGUGCGUUAUUUAUAAGCGGCCUGAGCACUUUUUUCACGUCGAAGCUCCACCUCCAGUUCUGCAUGUUUUAUAAACGCUGUAUGUAACCUCUGUGGUUUGAAGUCCCUGUAUAACAUUUGCUUAUUUUUUUAAACAAUAAAGUAAUCUAUAUAGCUGUGAAUGUAGUUAUGAAAGUAAAGUUUUAAUAUUAAA